AUGAGGCGCCCUGCAACAGUGGUUUUCCAAUAUUGCCCGCUUUGUAACUACGUACCCGAAAUCCAUCCGACCACAGUUGCCAACCGAAAGACGCGGGCACAUGUUGCGAACACCGACAACUUGCACAAACACGUAGCAGCUCAUCUCGAGGAGCUUGCAUUGUUGUCACUUCCAUGGCAGGAUGAUAUGGGCGAGGGUUCUUCGAGUAGGGACUCGCCGUUGGAGGAGAAGCGAUCUACACUCAAGGAUGCGGGCGUUAACGGUCUUGAUGAUGUAUCACUGAUGUUUGACGAUCCUCCCAAGCUUGAGCCUUUGGCAGACGAACCGAACGAGUUUAACAACCUCUUUCAGCCCGAAGCGCCUACGGUAGACUCAAGGGAAGCGGAAUGGGGAUUUGUGCCGUCAAUACCAUACGAUGGCCACUCGGAAGACCGAGUUCUGCAGAACUUGAUGCGGAAGCAUUUGGCGAGUCAGGUUGAGGAGCUGGGUACGAAACACAGAAUAGAGCGUGAAAUUGGAAUUCCCACUCAAGUCGAGCUGCAAACGAUCUGCGACUGGAUUUCGCCAAUGGAUUUCUCUGCCGCGCAUGAGCGCAUUUCGGCCACGAGACAGGAAGGAACAUGCGAUUGGUUCAUCCAAAGUCGUACCGUUACGGAUUUCAUUGCACAUAGAGGGUCGGUUAUAUGGGCUGUUGGGAUACCUGGGUCAGGUAAAACCGUUCUGUCAUCCGCUAUUAUUGACUACCUCACGCGUUUCGCUCCCUCGUCACCACAGCGAGCUGCCGUAGCGUACGCUUACUGCGACUCUCGGAUGCAAGAGUCACAAACAACCUUAGACCUAGUUGCUUGCUUCCUCCGACAACUCCUUGAAGUUUAUUGGGAAGUUAAUGUAUCGAUACCUGAUGAUGUCCACGCUAUUUACUAUCUGCACAAAGAAACAAAGACGGGCCCAUCUGUGGCAGAGUGCUUGAAGAUGUUGACAGCUCUAAUUGCAGGCUGUGAGAGCGUUUUCGUAGUCAUCGAUGCGCUUGAUGAAUGCGGCCCCGCCACACGGCAGGAGCUCGUUAGGACGAUCAGGUUUCCCGUGGUUCGAUUUUUAGUUCAAGCGUGGGCGAACGACAGUCAACGACUUGAAAGCGGGCCUCCCUCCCUGUCGCUGGUCUCCCGAGAACUCGAUGCAUACUAUAAUGAGAUAACGAUGAGGAUAUUUAAUCAACCAAGUCCGGACUCUACCCUAGCUCGACAAAUCUUGAUAUGGGUAGCUUUUUCCAGACGACCUGUUACCACUAGCGAAAUCACCGACAUUGUUGGCGUGGAAGUCACUUCUCAAGUCAUUGCGUCUUCUCGUGGAGUCCUGGCGGGGGCAGAGCUGCUCACCUCCGUAUGUGCUGGCAUUCUUACCAUUGACUCCAAAGCCGGCACCCUACGUCCGGCACAUGUCACGCUGGAGACAUACCUUCAACGGAACCGGGAGGGCAUAUUUGCGCAAGCGCAGGAAUAUAUUACGGCAUCCUGUAUGAGAUAUCUUUCGUUUGAGGAAUUCAAAGCGGGACCAUCUCGCCUGCAGAAACAUCCAUUCUUUCAUUAUGCCGCAAAUGAAUGGGGCCAUCACGCACUCGGAGCAGCUGAAACUGCCUGCAAAGAGGCUAUCAUUGCCUUCCUCAGCAACCGACAAGCCGUCGAAUCUGCGAUGCAAGCUAAGAGUAUUAAUCGUGACUGGCAAUUUUACCCUCAACACGUCGAUAGCGAAUCGUAUCCUCGCGGGGUGACGGGGAUCGCGUUGGCAGCCUUUUUUGGGCUCGCCACAAUAGUUGAAGCACUGAUGGACAAGAGUGUCAACGAACGAAGUUGCAGUGACCCCGAAGAAGCACUUUUCUGGGCGGCUACAGGAGGUUCCGCUGAAGUUAUAAAGCUUUUGUUGACGAGGGGUGUAAGCCCUAACGUGCGUGGCGUCAUGAGGGCAGCAGCAGAGAACGGCUACGAGGACGUUAUUCGUAUAUUGGCCGCAAAUGGUGGCGAUGUCAAUGCAGGGUGCUAUGAAGACGAAGGUAGCGCUCUUCAAGCCGCUGCGAUAAAGGGCAAUGAGACCCUAAUACGACGUCUUCUUGAGCUCGGGGCCGAUCCCAACAGAGUUGGCGGCGAAUUGGGAAGCGUUCUUCACAUCGCAGCCGUCAAUGGUGACGAAAGUAUCACCGGCUUACUGCUAGAAAAUGGAGCAGACCCCAAUAUGAAAGGUGGUAUGUACGGCUUCGCACUUCAGGCAGCUGUCGAAGAGGGCCAUGAGAAUAUCAUACAGAUGUUGCUCGAUAACGGUGCAGACGUCAAUCUCGAAGGUGGGCCUUACGGGAACGCAUUUCAAGCCGCGGUGGAGAACGGGGAUCAAGAUAUUGUUGAGCUCUUGCUGGCUCAUGGGGCAAAUAUAAAUACGAUGAUUGGGGGUGAAAAAUAUACAGCGUUGCAAGAAGUGGCAAGACGAGGCUUGGAAGCUAUGGUGGAAUUUCUGAUUGACAGAGGAGCCAAUAUGGAUAGUCGACAGAGGAAUGGCCAAACAGCACUCCACCAGGCCGCUAAAGAAGGCCAGGCUGGAGUUGUUGCGCUGCUCGUGCAGAAAGGGGCGAACCCUAAUAUUCGUGAUCAGCGUGGCUUUACAGCGUUGGACUGGGCGAAGAAGAAGAACUUCACCGAGGUGGUCCGGGUCUUAGAGGCGGCGCGACAGCUUUGA